CCAGCCGUUGAGUCAGUAACAAAAUUUUUCUAUACUUUUACAUUUGGUUUCCCAAAAAAAAAAAAAAAAUCACAAAAAAAAACGACAAAAAAAUUAAACAUGGCCGACAUCUUCACGACACUGCCGAAACGUCGGUUGGUACCCAACCUACUUAAGUCCAUUAUAAUGGUCCUGGAGCAUACUAGCCGACCCAUGACUGACACAGAGCUGAACAUCUUCCUGGGCAGCCAGUACCAACGUAACGAUCCGGAAUUCUUUGCCCAAGUGCAAAUCAAUCUGCACGAUGGCAUCGAAAGCGCCAUUCUGAGGCGCCAGGGAAACCAGAUUUCGCUGCUCGCUUGGAUCCUCACCAAACCGAUGAACCUUUGAAAACCGCCAAACCCACACUUCAGAUAAGAAGAAUAAUCCUUAACAG